AAUGGCCGAAUGACCAUAAGGCAAAUGAAAGCAAGGUUGUAUACAGUUUACUUAAAUUGUGAAACGUGAUUGCAUACAUUUUUAUUUCAAUAGUGUCAAUUAAUUCUUUACAGAAAUGAGUGUUGCACAGAUGCCUGGUGCCCAGAUGGAGAGUGGCCAGAUUAAAGCAUUUCUAUCUACAUAUAACAAACUGGCAGAGCAGUGUUUUGUAGACUGUGUGCAUGAUUUCACCAGUAGAACAGUUACAGGAAAUGAGAAUAACUGUGCUAUGAACUGUACAGAGAAAUUUCUCAAGAUGUCUCAGAGAAUUGGUAUACGGUUUCAGGAAAUACAUGAAAUCAAUCAGUCAGCCCUACUACAAAAAUAGUUGUGGAAUGUAUUACAGCCCUUGACAUUGCUGACUUCUUCUCUCACAAAAAUUAGAAUUUUUUAUCUUAUUAUCAAGGUUGAUUAGUUUUGUGAAGUGAAUGUAUAAUGCAAGAGCUUACAGAGUCAAAAUUAACUAUGUAAUAGAUUAUAAGGUAUGACCUUACACAAUUCUAUAUCAACCUACACUACAGAUAUAACAUCUGUGUCUCACACAAAUUACUAUAUGAAAAUACAUAACAACCUCUGGAUAUUUAAUAAAUGUGGUCAAAGUUUAGCAGAUUUAUUGGAAAAAAGUAAAAUUCUUAUGCAUGUUGCAAGUUUUUUUUAGAAAUAAAUUGAAAAUUUAGAAUUAUACUUCCUCAUUAACAAUCUUUCCUUUCCUUUUAUUCAAAAGUUGGGCUAACAGAUGUUAACUAGCAUAAAUUUGCAUGAUGGAAUAAAUACUAAUUAAUGCUUUAAUCAGCAAAAAAGUGGAAAUUUUAAAAUAAUGCUGCAAAUUACAAUGCAUAAGAAAACAAACAAACAAAUUACAAUGAAAAUUAGAAAUCGCUUUUGCAGAAAAAAGCUGGUAUAAAAUCUCAAAAACCAAACAAAGCAAUGAGUUAAUGCAAAAAUCUGGUCUUCUUAUAGUGAGUUAUUGAAUAAAGCAAUUAGAGUGAGUUCCAUAAUUCUUUUUAUGCAGAUAAGUGAUAAAUGUUACAAUUGUUUGACACAAAUUAAUAAACAACCAAAAAUUUUAUAUUUCUCGUGGUUUUAACCUGUUAUCAUCAUCUUUAAUGUA